GAAUUUUUAUUUUCACGUCUCUUACAGUGGACAUACACCUCCCAUGAACAUUUCAGACCCUCCAUGAUUUCCUUUAAAAUCCUUAUUUUGCUGUGGAUGUUGACCAGCUAGAGUCUGACCGAUGGAGCAGGAACAUCUUCCAUCUGUCGCUUUAGAGGUUUUCCUUUCCUCUGCUGCGUGUUUUCCUCCAGAGCUCUGCAGCCAUGCCUGAGGUGCGGGACCUUUCAGAGGCUUUACCGGAGAUGUCCAUGGAUCCCAUCACUGGCGUUGGAGUCGUGGCUUCCAGGAACAGGGCCCCCACUGGAUAUGAUGUGAUAUCUACAACCACGGAUGGCCUGGAUGCAGACCUGUGGAAGGAUGGCCUGUUCAAAUCCAAGGUGACGCGCUACCUCUGCUUCACCAGAGUUUUCUCCAAGGAAAAUAGCCAUUUAGGCAACGUUCUUGUAGACAUGAAGCUAAUCGAUAUAAAGGACACCCUGCCGGUGGGCUUCAUCCCCAUCCAGGAGACGGUGGACACUCAGGAGCAGGCCUUCAGAAAGAGGCGGCUGUGCAUCAAGUUCAUCCCCAGAGACUCUACAGAGGCGGCCAUCUGCGACAUCCGGAUCCUGGGCCGCACCAAGCAGGCCCCCCCUCAGUACACCUUCAUUGGGGAGCUGAACAACAUGGGAAUCUGGUACCGCAUGGGGACCGUUCCUCGGGCUCAGGACUCCACCCACGCACCGACCACCAACAAUGUCCAGAACGCUAAUUCAUGCGCCGUCCCCGUCCCCGCGGCUCCUCUCCCAAAACACAUCUCCAUGACGCUGCCCGCCAGCUUCAGAGGGAAGAACGCCACCAGGCCAGACUAUGAGCACCAGAACUCCAACCUUUACGCCAUCUCAGCCAUGGACGGGGUUCCUUUCAUGAUUUCGGAGAAGUUUGCCUGUGCCUCCUCUGAUCUGCAGCAGGUGGAUCUGAUGGGCAUCACCAUCAAGACGCUGGCUGAGAUCGAGAAAGAGUAUGAUUACAGUUUCCGCACGGAGCACAGCGCAGCGGCUCGCCUUCCCCCCAGCCCCACACGGACCUCCCUGAGCUCCGAAGCCUGACGCUCCUCUUCCUGAACCGCCCUGUUGGUAGGGAACACCCACAGGAGAGACCUGCACACAACUACUGAGUACCUGGCCCCCACGGCGUGAAGAAGGUCCGAGUCCAGCUGGAGCUGCUGUUCCCUUCAUACGCAGGGCAGAGCGGAUCCAGGGGGGGGCCACAGCAGCUCUGCUCCUUCUAAACCAGCCGCCGCUCUCAAUCAACACUCCAGCAGGAAGUUCACCUUCUCCGUCUCUAAAGGGAAACUGCUUCUCUUCUUCUUACUGUAGUAAAGUGACUGGACUAUAAGUGCACUUUGUGUUUGGGACAUGCUCAGUGUGCCUCCUGUUUGCCUUCCAUGUCCUGUAACCACUUCUCCGUGUUUCUGCGUGAGCCGGCGUCACCAACAGCUCCCACCACUAAGCUCCAAGCGAACCGCCGUAACGCCUCCAUUCAUCAGCUGGAGGAGAAAACGAGGCGUUAGCUCCAUUACUCAUCAUUUUACUGAAGGUUUCACUGAUGACAUCAUUUCCUCAGUCAGUUUCAGCCACCAGGGAAAGUUACAAGAAUUCUAAAACACAGUUUAGUUCAACUUCUGAUGACGUUACAGGAGGGUUAAAGGUCAAAGUUCACGGCUUGGCUCUGAUUAGCUGCUAGCAUCAUGAGCAGGUAGCCGUUGUUUUUACUGUCCUGCCUCAGUGAGAAAUGUUACACCAUCCUUUCUAAAACUUUUGGUCCAAUCGUCUAUUUAUACUUUUGAUUUUGAUGCUGGAGCUUUCAGCCCAGUUCUCCCAGUCUGAUCCGUACCAGUGAGUGACUGGUCAACAUGUGUUUACUCUGUGGUUUCAUGCAUUUCACCUCCUGCUAGCCCCACCCUUUUUAUCUUGUUUAACCACUUAUUAAUUGUUGCAGCUCUACGUAUUGCAGUAUUGUCGGGUCACUGCUGCAGCGGUUUAGCUAGACUCGGUUUUAACCAUUUCACUUUGGUGAUUCUACUUUAAACUGUUUUAACAUAGAGAAACACUCGUUGCACUGUUGAUGAGAUCACCAGAGGAAAGCAUCCCUGUGCUAAUGCUAAGCUAACCCUGUGUGUUUAUUUAGUGUUCGUUUUAGCUCCGCCUGUAGCUCACUAACUGCAGCUAAUCCUGUUUCCAAAGUGUUAGUCUGCCUGCAUGAGGAAACGCUUCAGUAAAAGGAUUUAGGAUAUUUUAGGGGAAAAUAUUCACAAACAGAUUUUUAUUCUUUAAAAGUAUAAAUCACAUGUAGUGGAACCUGUGUUAUAAGGAUGUUAAUUAAACUGUGAUGAACAAGUCGAA